CAGGCUCUCUCCCCCACCCCUCCGCGGAAUCCCACUUUUACCCUUCCUCCGCUCCGCUCCCCUCCUCCAUGGCCUCCUCCUCCUCCUCACCCUCCUCGCCGCCCGCUUCCCCCUCCCACACAAACCCUAGUCCUCGCGCCGACGCAGAUCCCCGAUCCGAUCCAUCCAUGCCCGCCGCCAGCGACGGCGAUGGGGCCUCCCCCGCCUCGCCGGAGCAGGAGGAGGAGGCCGACGCGUCGGCGCCGGGGGAUGAGGAGCUGGAGGCCCCGGAGCCGCCCGAGGAUGCCCCGACCCCUAGGAAGACGCGCCUGCCGCGCGCGUGCAACAGCAAGCCGAGGCCCCCGCCCCCGCCGCCGCCGGAGCGGCCUCGGCGCCGCGCCGCGGCGGGCGCCGGCGCGGACGAGACUCCGCAAUGCCGCGUGGUGACGCCGCUCGUGGCGGAGCCGGAGGCGCCCGCGGAGCUGCCCCGGUGGCGGCUCCGCUGCAUGUGGGAGCUCGGCUCUGUCCUCAACUUCCUCCACGUGUUCCGGCCUUUGCUCAACAUCACGGCGGAGCUCACGGCGGAGGAUCUCGAGGCGGCACUUAUUACGCCUAACGAUAUUCUAUAUGAUGUUCACAUGCCGUUGCUAAAGUCAAUUCCCCCAAUAACCCGCAUGGCUAUGGGCCGCGGAACCUGGGUGACCGUCCUAUGUAGAAAGCUAAGAGAUUGGUGGAAUUGGGUUGCCGAAGGUGAAGUACCGAUAAUUGCAUCACAUGGAGCUGAAACUGAAAUGUACAACGAGCUAGAACCGGCGACUCGUUUAGUGAUUUUGAAGGCAAUAUGCGAUAUACGUGUCGAGCAAGAGGAUAUACGGAACCACAUUGACAGCUCCGUAAAGCGUGGUUAUGACCUUUCUACCUUCCGUAAAGAACGGAUUGGGGGAGAUUCCCUUGGAAUCUCAUACUGGUACGAAGAUGAUCCUAUCCUUGGACAUAGAUUGUAUCGCGAAAUUAGACGAGUGGAACAAACAAAGAAAGAAUCAGGAAAGAGAUCUAAGGGGAAAAGGGUUUCAACUCCUCCAGUUGUGUCCUAUCAGUGGGAAACUGUUGCAUCAAACUUCGAUGAGUUUGAUGAUGUUGCAGAAAAGCUCUUUUCAAGUCGGAACAGGACAGAGGUUUCCCUUGGCAAGAAGUUGAAGAUUGAGUAUCUUCCAGAGAUUGAAAAGAUUCAUAAAAAGAAGGAGAAGCUGCUAAAAAAGCAACAGAGAGAAGCUCUCCUCCUUGAUAGUUACUUGACAUCAGAUGUUACCACUGGCCGCUCUCUACGUGAUAGAAAGCCUGUGAGAUAUACAUUUGAUGAUUAUGAUCGCUCAAUAAAUGAAGCCAUAAAAAUAACGAAGAAAAGAGAAAAUUCGGCUGAGCCUGUUAAUACUGUCAAUAGAAGGAUGCUUACUCCACGACUGGAGUCAUCAAGCAAUGGCAAGUUAAAUGGCCCCUCGCCUCUAGCCAAUGAAUUAUAUGACGGGAACUCUUCAAAGUCAGAUGACUACCGAGAUAGUGAUGGCGAACAAGAAAAUGAAACACUUGAUCGCAGCAACCGGCGAAGGAGAAGAUCCCAGCGAUACACACAAGAUUUUGUUGAGGCUGUCUCCGAUAUUGAUCCGAAUUUUGACAGUGAUGAUGAUAUCAUGGGAGAGGCGGUCUACGAUGAGGAAUAUUUGAGAACUCGCAAACAGCAGAAGACAUCCAGUGCUUCUGAAGAGGAUGAAGAGUUCCGGUUGGAAGAGGAUGUUGAAGAUGAUGAUGAAGAGGAAGAGGAAUUUUCUGCAGGUACGAGUGAAGAUGUGGAGGAGCCCCAACGUCAUACGAAGUUGCGAAGUCGUGGUGGCCGAGGGGCUAAGCUAAGAUCUGUUGAUGAAAUCCAAACAGGUCUCAGACGCAGCAAGCGUUCUUCUCGUCCGCGUGUUAACUAUCAGCAGUAUGAAUUUUCGGAUACGGAUGCGGAGGCAGGAAAGGCAGGUAAAUCAGAUGCAUCAGAUCCUGAUGCUAACUCUGAUGCAGAAAAUGAUAUGGAACUCUCUACGUCGAGUCAAGAGCAACAUGAAGAAGAGGAUGAUGGCCCCGAGGAACUUGCAGUUAAUAAUGGCAACAAUGAAAUGGAUGUAGACCACGCAGUGGCAGCGAAUAAAGAAAAGCAAGAGGCGGAGGAGCCGCAGCUGCAGCCAGAGUCUGUAAAGAAGAUGGAUGCUCCCAGCAGGGAGAGUGAAAGUGUUGGGAGAACAUUCCUAGAUCUAAACGAGCUUGCACCAGGAGGUGGCUUUGAUGACGGGCCAAGCUUGACUAUGAAAGAUGAGGACAUGGAUAACAGUUAGGAAAUAAGUCGUGAUAGAAUCUGAGUGUUAGGAGUUACUUUUCCGAGCAAGGUGUAAAUGCCCGAAAUCAUGGACCAUGACAAUCUAUGGGCCUCUGACGAGAUGUUGCGGUAAUAUUUGGAAUUUUGGAUGGUUCAAUUAUAUUGUUGGUACAUUGGUUUACAAGUGACGAAAGUGUCGAGGUUCCACGGUUAGCGGAUGCAGGGACGACCUUCUUCAAACAUCAUCGGAGCGUUAUUUGAUAUCAGGAGAAGCCAUGCUGACAAAGUUUUGCAUUCCAUCAUGUACACGGCACGAAGACCGCUUCUCGAUCAAUUGCUGCUUUAUUAUGGCCAGAUUUGAUCGAUGCUAUCUUGCGGCUGGAUCUGUAGAAUAUAAAUUUAUUGCCUCUUAUUUAGGCUUAUGGUCAGAUUAGGAAUGUAUGAUGAUGUUGCUGUGGGUCCCAGCAUUAUUUCCUAGGAGCUAAACUUGUAAAAGUGAGUUGUCCGCUGCUCGGCAUUUGAGGAGCUCUUUUCCACCUGUAGCGUGUAGUUUGAGUCUAAGCAUGAGCUGUAGUUUUGUAUUUAUAUGUAACAACCUGAUGAGUUUGGUAAAAUCUGUGUAGCUGACACGACAAUCCGACACGGAUUCCACGGCAAAAGUUGAUGUACUAUUGUUUGGAAUUUGCAUUGUGUUUUGUCUUUAA